AUGGCUAGUAGUGUUACUGAUAGUAAUAAUGCAGAGCUUUACCAAGCUCUGAUAAAAAAAGAUGAGCAGAAAGUGCUUGAUCUUUGCGAAAAAUAUGCAGAAGAAGAGGGUCCAAUGCGUGUAGUAACCAUACACAAAGACACUAUUUUACAUGUCGCCUUGUAUUCCAUGCAAGUAGGAUUGGUGAUCAAGUUAUUGGAAAAUUUAUCGCCCCAAUACAUACAUCUGAUGGACCGUAAAAACUCUGGGGGAAACACUGUUCUUCAUGAAGCAGCCACCUACGACAAAUUAUUGGAUGCAGUAGAAAUGAUGUUGAAAUUGCGCAAAAAUUUGUUAACCAUAACGAACAAUAACAUGGAAAAUCCGCUUUUCCGUGCUGCUCGCUAUGGACAAAAGGCGAUAUUCAAGUUUCUGAGUGGUUGUAUAGUGAAGGAUUUUGAUACAGAGGAGCUGGAGAAGUAUCAUCAGAAGUUUGAUGGGAGUACUGUCCUUCACGCAGCCAUUGCCGCAGAACAUUUUGGUUUGUGA